GGUCAGAAAAUGGCUGCUGCAGCUUUGGCAGAGCCGUCGGCCGACAGGAUGAUGGAGGCGAAGAAGUUUGAGUAUUUUUCCUCUAUUAAUUCUAUGGCCAGGAAAAUAAUGCAAGAGAGAGAAAAAGUUAAAGAGAAACAUGGGUCCUCGUGGGAUAAAAUGACACCAAACGAACAGGAUAUCGCCAUAGAUAACGCAAUGAUGGACCCACAGAUCCGGGCUCGAUAUGCAAUGCACAGAGUGGACCGAGACGAAGUCAUCUGUUACCCGAAACUUCUCAUUCAAACCGGCCAAAAAAUCGUCCAUUUUGGAGAAGAGGACAUCACCUGGCAAGAUGAACACUCUGCGCCUUUUUCUUGGGAAACCAAGAGUCAGAUGGACUUCAGCCUGACCUCUGGAGCCUCUGAACAAGGCGUCUCCUCAUCUCUGUCUGACUCCAAACCCACCAAAACCUCCCAGGGGCCCCAGCUCUCCAAGGGCACACCCGGUCCCAAGGCAUCUGCCGGUGAUAGUGCAGUCAGGCGCGAAGAAGAGUCCUCCUUCUGGAAAAUCAGCGCGGAAAGAUCUAGACUGGAGGGUGAGAAAUCCGAAUUCCAGUCGCUGACUCCCAGCCAGAUCAAGUCUAUGGAGAAAGGGGAGAAACCACUCCCCUCGUACCUCAGGCAGGAGUCUGGUCCAGAAGAGCACCCCCGUCCUGUCAAACAGAGGCUCAGCAAACCCCACGCUCCUCCUCCCCCCGUGCCUGUUACCAUCACCCCCGUGGCCAUCAGCGGGACCCCGGCCGCUGCCCCUGCUGCGGUCAGCGUGUCAUCCUCUGUGGCCGGUUGGGAGCGGUCGCAAAGCACCCUCCCCUCGGUCAGCCCUGUGGACGAUCUGUUCAGUCCGGAGUUGAGCUCCAGGUCGCCGGCCGGCAUGGUGACUUCUCCCAAAGACGAGAAGACUGAGAGGCCAGAGACUUCCCCUGUCUCCAAUCCUACCUUCCUGCAGUUCAACACGAGCAACAGCAUCCUGAAGACUGGUUUUGAUUUCUUGGACAACUGGUAAUGACUGACAGCUGUCCUGGGGAGAUACGGAUCCAUCCCACUCUAAAGCACCUUUUGUUUUUAUCCGUUUCAGCACCAACACUACACAACACACAUUAUAUUUAUCAGUGCUUUUAUCCCUGCCCUAGUUAAUUAUCACAAACCCGUAUCUCUCACUCACUCUCUCUUUCUCUCAGUUUUUCUCUCUGAGAUGUCUUUCUUCUCAAACUGCCAUUCUCUGUACCCUGUUGCACAUGUUGACAGACCUUUUGCUAGUGCUCAGCCAAUAGAAUGUAUAUGUAAUCAGUUGAGCUUAACUGGAGUGCUUUAGAUUAGCACGAUUUUAAGCAUGUUUCAUUUUACACAACUUUUACACUACAAUGUUGCAACAGCUGUUUAGACUUUUUUAUACAGACGCUACGCUUUGUAUCCCGUGUGCCAUAUUUGAAGAUAUCACCAUUCCAGUCUUUUGUUUUUAUUUGAGAAAUUUUGAAAUCACUGGCUUCAUCUCAUUUUUCUUUAGUGGACCUCUGGUCUUGUCACAAGUAUUGUGGAAUAGAAUAACGUUAUACAGUGUGUAGCUCUUUCAGUUAAGCAUCCUUUAAGGUGACCAGUGUACAAGGAAAGGAGACAGUUCUGUAGAAUGUGACCAGACCAGUCACAGGGAUACUCUGAGUACAGAUAUGACACAGCGGUGGUACUCAUCACUUUUAGA